GUUAGCUUUAAGAGAUAUAAGGUGGUCUUUUAAUAAAGUUACAUUAAUGUUCAAUUUUGCGGAUCUAUUAGUAUUAUUUUUGAGACAAUGGGAUUGAUCAAGUUAUUUGUAGCCACAUGCCUCCUUCAAACAGUGCUUGGGUUCUACACACUCAAACAUCUGUCUUAUACCCAACUCGCGACGAGCAACAACAGAGGGACCUAUGUUUACGGUGGUUUGAAUCUCGGUACAGCAACAGACGCCGCUUAUGAUCCGGUUAACAGUGUUGUAUAUAUCAUAGGAGAAAAGAGUCACUUUAUGCACGUGGUUGAUAUUGCCGACCCCGCCAAUCCUUCCGUUUUGUUUAUACAC